CCGUGACCACCGUCACGCAUGGCAUUGGCAACAGCACUUUCAAAGCGUAGCCUGUGUACGCACUAGGGACUCGCGCGAGUGGACGAUGCAGCGCCAUGGCGGCAGGUGCCUGCAAUGCCCAGGCUAACAUGAGAGCCUUUAAAGGGAAGUAGGAAGGCAUGUGAAGACGACCUUACGGUAGUUGCUAUCGCAUUGCCAUUCUCAUGCGAAGUCGGAGUUUUGAAGAGGACAUAUUAGCAAGGUUUCAAGGUGGCGGAAUGGCGGAAUGGCGUGUCAUUUACGCUGGGCUUCGAGAAAGCUUUCCUCAGUUGGACAGGACCGUCGUUCGUGCUGCAGCUGAACGGUUUCUGAAUGAAGAUGAUGCUGCGUUCUUUCUGGCUUGCGAAGCAUCUGAAGCGCAUGUACAUGAGAACCCUGCAUGCUUGUCACGUGGCAGUGAAGGUCAGCCGUUGGAAACCCGUAGUCCCUCCGCUGGAGCAGGGACUGACGAACUUCAGAGUGGUCACGAUGCCUCUCAGGAGACUGGGACCAAUGCUCUCGACAGUUGGAACCCAUACCUGGAAGCAGCAGCAUUGGCUGCGAACCAGUCCACUUGCUUAGACGCCGAGACUUCGGCAGAGGAUGUUGAGGCUCAUAUUUCCCAUGAAAGUCCGCCUGAGGGGCUUUUGGGGCCAGCUGUAUGUUCAAGUGAGCCGCUGAGGAAUCAUGAGGAAGCCCCUUUGGAAGAGGCUGUCAGGGGGAUAGAACCCCCUGAAGAGAGGACUCUUCACGGUAGCCAAGAGACAGUUGCCCAAGGACAGUCUCCUACUCUGGAGAUGCUCGUCCAACAGUCAGUGCAAGAGAAGGAGAGACUGGCUGCAGAACUCGCGGCUUAUGCCCAGAUGCGCAACACUGCAGCUGCACUGGAAGUCGAGCUGGAUGCAGCCAGGGAUAGAGCCAAUGUGGCAGGACAUGCAGAGCAGCGCCACAUGGAGCAAACCCAGCAAGCAGUGGCCCGAUUAAGUGAAGAGAAUGAGCGGCGGUCCGGGGAGGUCCAUGGAGAGUUGGCAAUGCUGGGAACGGAGGCAAAGGAGCUGCGCCGCAAUCUGGCCCUCCUGCAGGAGGAGAGGAGGGCCAUCAGGACGACAUUGGAGCACCUGCAAGUGGGCCUGCGUGAGAGGAUGGGGGCCACAGAGGCUGCCAUUGUACUGGCCGACGCAGAAGCGGCCAAGCGACGGGCUGUGGUCCAGGCAGCGCUUGAGGUUGUGCAAACCAAGUUGGACAAGGCAGAAGUAGAGAAGGCGGACCUUGAUAGACAAGAGGCUGAGGCCAACAAGUUGCAUCUCUUCAUCAUGGAGAAAGGAACAAUGGUGGAUUCCAUGCUGGCUGAGGUGGCCAUGCUCCGUGAGGACCUGGCGGCUGUUGAGCGGCUGGCCUCCGGCAGUGGGCUCAGCGGCCCGCUCGCGCCGUCGUCGUUUCUGACUGUCGGCCAGGCAGGGUCUGCCUUACGCCGCUCCUCGCAUUCUCAAGGAGAAACCAUCUUAAGCAGAGCUGCAGAGAUAGAAACUCUCUCGGUGCCGCAAACAGAGGCUGACACGGACCACCCGGAAGUUAGUGCCGCUUCUGCCAGCGAGGGGGGAUCACCGGCAGGAAACAUCGACCACGCUGAGGGGCACCCUCGAGCAGUUAUCCCCAGUUCCGACAGCACCGCAGGGGACAGUGAGCAUUCCCUGCAGUCGUCGCUCCCGUCACUCCUGUCGCUGUCUGCUCAGUCCAACUUCCAGUCCACCAACAGUAGCAUGAGACUGAGCCAGGCUCCGGGAGGAGAUGCGAGCAACUAUGUCGCAGACCGGGAGAACCAAGGCGGGGUCACUGCUUCGAACAUUGUCGAGAGCCAGGAGGCCUUUGAUGUAGGGUCAGCGCAGGCUCUUCACAUGGGCCUGUAUGGCCCUUCUCCGAGCAACUUGACCAGCCAAUACCUGGGGGUCUUCCAGCAGCAGGUCGGUCCUCACUUCGACCAAGGGGAAAUUGAAGAUGAGGGAUGGGCCAUGCUGGAGUCGGAAUCAAGCUCGUCGGAAACCCAACACUAAGAUUCCAGUACGGCUGGCAAAUGAGCGGCAGCACAUUAGCCUUGUGGAUAAUAAACGGACAUUCCUGGACAUAUCUCGAGAGACAGAUCUGCGGAUCCUAUUAGAACUUCUAUACAUAUGGUGGUUAAGUAGUAGGUGUACAUAUGACAGUAAACUUAAAAAGGAUCCGGAGGUGGUCAGCCUCCUCCUACUGAAAACUCAAUUUGAACCGUUGUGUACAAGCAGAUAUAAAACCUGAGGAUGCUACAAUUUUGUAUGAUGCAGAGACUGCGAUUAUUAUGGUCGCAAGCACAUGUAAUCUGCUUUGCCUACUACACACAUCUGUGUGCUAUUCUUAAAUGCAGUCUUUCGCUG